AUGACCCUCCAGUACGAUCCGGAGUUCCUCGCGGAAGCAGGUCCCAAGCUCAAGCUGAUGGGAUCAGUCCCGAAGCCUGCUCUCCAUGACGUCGCAACCAGGCGUGCGUGGACCGAAUCACUUUGCAGUCCUCUCCCGCCUAUACCUGAUAAUAUGGAGAGGCUGAUCUACCAUAUUCCGACAGAGGAUGGCUUUCAACUUCCCAUUCAUCAUUUUCGCCUAUGGAACAAGCCUAACCUAAAGGGUGAACCAGCCAUUCUUCACAUCCACGGUGGUGGCUUCAUCUCCUUGACUGCAGAACAGCUCUCGCCAGACCAUGUGGGAGCAGUCUCAAGAACCGGGGUCCAAAUCUUGACUGUGGACUAUCGAUUGGCACCAGAGCACCCUUACCCUACACCGCUUUCCAUUGAUCCCACACGCAUCGCUCUUAUGGGAGAGAGUGCAGGUGGUGGAAUAUGCGCCGGUCUUACCAUUAUGGCUCGCGAAAAACAAUUGCAACCACCGAUCGCGAAGCAGAUCCUCAUUUAUCCCAUGAUCGACGAUCGGACUAGAACAAAUCACGCUGGAAAAUUGGCAUUUUGGGAUGAAAUCGAUAACGAGACAGCUUGGACGGCGUAUCUUGGCGAGGAUAUGGGUACAGACAGAGUUGAUGCUUACGCGGCUCCAGUCCGUGUGGAGAGCGUGGUGGGUCUUCCACCACUGUAUCUUGAAUGUGGGCAGCUGGAUCUCUUCUUGCCUGAGGGCAUGAAUUACGCUUUUCGGUUUAUUAAGUUUAUUAAGGCUAAUAUUCCUGUGGAGUUUCAUAUGUACCCUGGUCUUCCCCAUGGCUUUGAGGGGCUGGCUCCAUCAAUUAGCGCAACAAAGAAGUGUUACGCGAAUAGAGACAGAGCUAUAUCCAAAUUCUAG